GGCCGGCAGCAGCACUGCGCGCAGGUGAGGACGCGGCGGCUCAUGAAGGAGCUGCAGGACAUCGCCCGCCUCAGCGACCGCUUCAUCUCCGUGGAGCUGGUGGACGAGAGCCUCUUCGACUGGAACGUGAAGCUGCACCAGGUGGACAAGGACUCGGUGCUGUGGCAGGACAUGAAGGAGACCAACACGGAGUACAUCCUGCUCAACCUCACCUUCCCCGACAACUUCCCCUUCUCGCCGCCCUUCAUGCGGGUGCUCAGCCCGCGCCUCGAGAACGGCUACGUGCUGGACGGCGGGGCCAUCUGCAUGGAGCUGCUCACCCCGCGCGGCUGGUCCAGCGCCUACACCGUGGAGGCCGUCAUGAGGCAGUUCGCGGCCAGCCUCGUCAAGGGGCAGGGCCGUAUCUGCAGAAAAGCUGGCAAGUCAAAAAAGUCCUUCAGCCGCAAGGAGGCCGAGGCCACGUUUAAGAGCUUGGUGAAGACCCACGAGAAGUACGGGUGGGUGACGCCGCCCGUGUCCGACGGCUGAGGCGCCCGGCCGCAGCGCCCGCCGCGAGGACUGUGACAUCUCCUGCGCGCUCCACACCACCCAUCCUUUUCCGUUCCUGCUUCAGUUAGGUACCGUGAAUGUCAAGGGGACACCCGCGUUAUUUAUGAACAGAUGCGUUUACAGAGGAAGAGAGAGAGAGAGAAGGGAAAAAAUAAAGGAAAAAAAAAAAAGGGGAAAAAAAAAGCUGUUCAGGAUGAUAUUUCAAGACUGAAGACCGAUGGUCAUCGAAGUGACCCGAGCGGCGGUUGAGACGGCGUCAUUAGCCCCCAUACGAUCCACAUUGUCUGCAGCUUCUUUCCAUGACAGCAGCACCAAACAGCAGUACUGGGAGGUCUGUCCAUUCCUGCUCAGUUCAUUUAAAUGUAAAUGAAGCCGUUAAUAUUUAAUAGGGAAGCAGUGCAUUGCAGGUACAUGUUUGCUGUGCUGUUUAUCUUUGUCUCCUAGCAGGUCAACAUAACUUGAAGAUUUGUCUCUAUGUGGAACUGUGGUCUGCUGUGACUAAAUUUACAUCUUAUUUGUGCUCUAUAUAUGACCUUUAAUUCGUAAAUGGAACACAAUUACCAUGGUGAAAGGUUUUGGUGUUGAAAAUUUACUGCGUGGAAUCACCCAACGGGCUGCAAUACGCCAUCUGUGCUGGUAUUGUGGGGUGCUGGUGAGAAGCACACCAGUGCAAGCUAGGAGGUUAUUAUUAUUUUUUUUUUUUUUGGGAGAUCACGCACUGCAAAGCCUGGAGCGUCCAGUGGCAGCAGAUCCGUGAUCGAACCGUCCAGUACCUUUUACAGUAGCAUGUGGCCUGUCAGUUCUGCAGAAUGGCAAAACAAAUGGGAAGGGACAAAGCGACCUUAAACAAAAAAUUAUCUGCUUAUCUCUAAAAUGAUGUGCCAGUAACAGAGUAAAACUUUUUAAAGCAAAUGAAAUGGUUUGUAAAAUGAUUUGCAUGACUGGAUUCUGUUUUUCUUUCUACUCAAUAGACAUUGUAUGUACUUAGAGCCCCGUAUCUGAGAAAUCCCCCUGGUGUAUAUAAAUCUCUUAUUAUUUAAUCAUUAAAUUUAAGUUUUCUGGUGAAUGAUUUAAAAAACUUUUUAAGGGACUCCAAAAAAUCUGAAAGUAAAGUUUAGAGCAUUAUAAGGAAAAUAUUUAAAAAAAUGUGGAAUUGCAAUGGAAAAGCGUAUCGGACACAUGCUGAAUAAAAUCACCAGUAUCA